AAGAUGUCAACAUUACGGCUGAUGGAUCAUCAAGAAGUCAACUUUAGUCCCCCGACUUCAGGAGAAAACGGAGCCAAUAUGGCUCGAGAUUCCAAGAUCAGCAUGCAUGAGACCCAGCCCGUUGACCAUAAGCGGGUCAGGUAUCCGCACUGUGUCGUUUGGACGCCAAUUCCAUUUUUAACCUGGCUAUUUCCUUUCAUUGGUCAUAUGGGUAUCGCAAUGUCAUCUGGAGUCAUCCGGGAUUUUGCUGCACCUUACUAUGUCUCGGAAGAUGAUAUGGGAUUCGGCAAACCUACAAAGUACUGGAUGUUGGACCAGAGCCAAGCUCGACCAAACUCCUGGGAUGUCAGCGUUUCGGAGGCGUCUGAAGAGUAUAAAAAUAGAAUGCACAAUCUUUGUUGUGAUAACUGUCACUCACACGUCGCCAUGGCGCUCAACUUGAUGCAGUACAAAGGUCAAAGCUGGAAUAUGAUCAAACUCUGCUUCCUCAUGUUGAUAUUUGGUCGGCACACUGGGAUUGGUGGUUUUUUGAAGACGUGGCUUCCAGCCCUCAUUUUCUAUGGCAUCAUUGUGGCUCUGGUGCUGAUCCUGUGAUAAGACUCGCUCUAAGAUUUAAAAAGUGACUUUAAGUUACUUAUUGAUUAUUAUUAACCUUUUUAAAGUUGCCCCUGGUUAAGUUCAUUGGUGAGAAUUACUAGACUCCACAAAAACGUUUAUCUGUAACAGAACAAUAAAUAUUGGUGACUUAUUUUCUUAAAGAAAAUUCUUAAUAAAUUGAUGUACAAACAUGACUGAUGUUUUGUCAUGGGGGGGGAUAUGAGACUUUACAUACUUGACAAGUUUUCAGACCUUGUAAAUAAAAUACUCUUUUUUUUUUCUCCCAAGGUCAAACAAAAAUAGAAAAUCAGACUAAAGGAAGAAUAGUAUGUCUGUGCACAUAUUCAUUACAAGUUCAACAUUAUCUUUUAUUUUAUAUUGGUCCCAUAUUUAUUGUUUAGAUGUAUUCUGUAGAAUAACAUUUCUGUAUAUAAUAUGUAUAUUAUAAGAUGUCUGGAUUUUAUAUCAUUCUGGAAUUGCUAUAAAUCAAGUGCCAUUUUAUCAAAGUCGAUAUUGUACUUUGGUGUUUUUUUUUAAUUGUUUACGUUUAAAAAGAGGAACUUUCAGGGCCUGAUUCGAUUGGCAAGUUGAACUCAAAAUUAUUUAACAUUCAACCAGUCAGGUUCCCUUGUGGUUGAUGACUUUAUAACAAAACUCCUUUUUGUCAUUUUUUGAAUGAUAUAUCACUCACUAUGGUGAUAUCAAUUCCCACAUACAGAAACUAAGAGAA